AUGACGUCGCUGACGGGCUCCACGGAGCUGCGCAGCCUGCCGGACGGGCCGCCCUUUGCGGCCGCGCUGCUCGGGGCGGGGGUGCAGCUGAGCCGUCUGACCAUCUGGUACGUCUGGUGGGAUCGCACGACGGCGCGGGAGUGCAUGCAGGCCCCCCUCGGGUGCCUCCUCGAGCCCUGGGCCGCCGACCCGUGGGGCCGCACCGUGGCCUUCUGUGGCGCGCUGUCCCUCGUGGUCUGGCUCGCGUCGCUGAGGAGCCUUCCGCACACCGGCACGUCCGACCCGUCGAUCGUGGACCGCCUGUGGUCCUCAUCGUCUUCGCAAUAUUCCUUUCCAGCGACAGAAAUGAUGCUUGGCAAGAGGCAAGAAGGCGGCAACGGCGCUAAUUAUGGUGCCAACAGACGAACCAUGCAGUCUUACACUUGCUUUCCAGGUGGCUGUCCAUGA